UGCCUGCAGCUUCUUUCAGCUUCUUGCUUGGCUUCUCCUGAACUGUUCUUCACCUUUUUCUGACCUCUCUGUAUCUGUGGGUAGAGGUUUAAGCUGUAGGAACUUUUUUGGCCUAGACACAGACACCCUCAUCUGCCUCAGGUUGGAGGUGAUAGAGUCCCCUAUCACUGCCCUAUCACUGCUCAUCUUAACGGUUUUGCGUGCAGGAGGUUUCUGUUGCAAGAAAAAUGGAGGACCAUCAGAACAGGAUUCUAGUGCUGCUAUAAACCACACUGCAAAAUCAGCACUUGGCACUUGAUGAGAAGUAGCACAGUGCCUGGCUGGAGGCAGAGAACACUGCCUCAUGCAGCCAGUGCGCUCGGGACAGUCUCUGUCAUUCAGUUUGGACUUUAACCACCAGAGUCUCCAGCUGAGUACAGUUAUUAGUGCUUUUGAGUCACAUCCCAGGGAGGCUUUGUUUUGAUUCUGUAUUUCCUCUUCCCUGUUCCUAGGAAGGAAAUGUCAGGACUGAAUUGAAAUAUGGGAGAAGGAAAAGUAUUCGGUUCCUCAUGGUUUAUCCAGUCUGCACUUAGAUCCUCUUUUAGUCCCUUUGUAGCAACCUCUGGCAUAGCUGCAGCAAGUAGAAAUUUUGCUUUUUGCACCACCCUGGUUACUGCAGAGCUGCUCUUUUAAUCAGGCUGUGCAGGCAAGUCAGACGUCUCCCUUCCGUGGAACAGCAUGCUGACUGUGGCUGUUCAGCCUGUCCUCAUACACAGGGCACUGCUGUCACAGUUACACAGUUUGAAGAGUUAAAGAGCCUGCAUUAGACAUCAUGUGAAAGAGAGGUGUUGUUUUUUCCUUGUCACCAAGAUGCACGAUGUUUCCCAGGCAGGGUAGCACAUUGGCUAUGGUUAAAAAGUCCUGCAUACCCAUCAUUUCUUUUGAAUGAGGGAAGGAGAGGGCAGAGGCCCCUCAUCACAUGACUGUACUGCACAAGUUUAUUUUUAACUAAGGAGUGUGUUCACAUUGUGCAGUGAAAUGCAUGAGAUAACCGAGUCUAUCUGCUCCAGAGCGAUAGAGGCAGCUCUCCUGACCUCAGCAGAUUAAAAGUGUGGGACUGCUGGAGAGCAUUUUUCUUUAACAUCGUUUUGUACUCAAACAUCCAGUUUUACUGUUUAGCAUCUUUUUUGAUGCCACUACAAAAAUACUCUUUAUGUUGCUGUUGUGAUGAGAAUUUUUUCCAUGCACCAGGUAGUUAGGGAAUGAACUAGACAAUGAAGUGAUACUUUCCAGUGUACAGCACAGACCAAACUAACUGUUAGAUGCAUUCUGUCAUUCUUCUUUCCCAUCCGGAAGGAAUGAAAUCUGAGCUUUGAGUGGCAUACAAACAUUUGUGGUACCUAGCAGGGCAUUUAGGUUGAUGUUUGUGUCUUCAAUGCAUGUUGCUUAAUAGUUUGUAAAAAGUAAUUUCCUGCCAUGAGUCUAUUGCAUGAGUUAAAUUGUAACAUAAUGGUAACAAUUACAGUCUUAAAAAGGGAAAAAAUAUGACUUUAAUGUCAGAAUGGAAGCUGGCCCAAAACUGAAUUGAUUGCUGUUGCAGAUCAACAAAAGCUAUUAGAGAUGAAUGUCAUUGUGUCUGUAUCUGCACUAAUGGCUGUAGCAGGAUUCCAGCCCUGCUCUUUGUUCUGGGCUACAGCAUUCACAGUCAUCACCUUUCUGCUUGUGCUUAGGGGGUCGGAGACUGAAGCCCUUACCCAUGUUCUUUGGACGCAUCAGGCACUGAGGGAGGACCAGCGGAUCAGCCAGGAUGUGGAGAGGUUCUGCAGGCAACUCAGCUCCAUGGCCAGCAAACUCGUCAUCUCUCCCUUCACACUGGCAUACUACACAUACCAGUGCUUUCACAGCACAGGCUGGCUAGGCCCUGUGAGCAUCUUCGGGUAUUUCGUCAUUGGGACAAUCAUUAACAAGAUGUUGAUGAGCCCAAUUGUGUCUAAACUUGUGCAGCAGGAAAAGCUGGAGGGGGAUUUCAGGUUCAAGCACAUGCAGAUUCGUGUCAAUGCAGAGCCAGCUGCUUUCUAUAGGGCCGGGCGAGUGGAGCACAUGCGCACUGACCGCAGGCUGCAGAGCCUGCUGCAGACCCAGAGGGAGCUGAUAGGCAAGGAGCUGUGGCUCUACAUUGGCAUCAACACCUUUGACUACCUGGGCAGCAUCCUGAGUUACGUGAUCAUUGCCAUUCCUAUCUUUUCUGGGGUCUAUGGUGACCUGAGUCCAACAGAACUCAGUUCCUUGGUCAGCAAGAAUGCCUUUGUUUCCAUCUACCUCAUCAGCUGCUUCAGCCAGCUUAUAGAUCUCUCCAGCACUGUGACCGACGUUGCUGGCUACACACACAGGAUUGGUGAACUGCAGGAGACCUUGCUGAGCCUUGGCAGAAGAGAAAAUGAAAGGUACUCGGAAGCCAAAGACUGGGACUCAGACAGCAGUGACUCUGGGGAGGACUCGGAGCCAAGGGACACAGCUUUCCUUCUGGAGCAAGUGACGCUCUCAGUGCCAUCCUCUGGCAAGCUACUCAUCAAGGACCUGAGCCUCAGGAUCUCACAAGGAGACAGCAUGAUGAUCAUGGGGAAUACUGGCACAGGGAAGACAUCUCUCCUGAGGGUCCUCGGUGGACUCUGGGAGAGCACACAGGGGAAUGUCCAGAUGCUGACCUGCUUUGGCCCCCGAGGAGUGGUGUUCCUGCCGCAGAGGCCGUUCUUCACUGAUGGCAGCUUGCGUGAGCAGGUGAUUUAUCCUCUGAAGGAGAUCUAUCCAGUUUCAGGAUCUGCGGAUGAUGAGAGAAUUGUGCAAUUCCUGGAGCUGGCAGGGCUGACUGAUUUGCUGGCAAGGGCUGGUGGACUGGACAAGCAGGUGGACUGGAACUGGUAUGAUGUGCUGUCCCCAGGUGAGAUGCAGAGGCUCUCGUUUGCACGGCUCUUCUACCUUCAGCCAAGAUAUGCGGUACUAGAUGAAGCCACCAGUGCCUUGACAGAAGAGGUGGAACAUGACCUGUACCGUGUGUGCCUUCAGCUGGGCAUGACUCUGAUCAGCGUGGGACACAGGGCCAGCCUGAAGAAGUUCCACAACUGGAUUUUGAAACUUCAUGGAGGGGGAAAAUGGGAACUCACUCGAUGUGAGAAGAUGAAGCGGCCUCCAUCCUGGGAAGAAUGACAUAAAACAUUCCUGAUCUGGCCAGCUUCAGAAACUACACACGUGGAAGAGCUGCAGAACUCUCAGCAAGAGAUUCAGUUGGUUAGUGCAAGCCCAAUUAUGGAAUUUGCUGAUGGACAUAGGGCUAAGUCUAAACUUAUACCAGGAGCAGGCAUGUCCGUCCUAUCCUUCUUCCAGCCUCCUUGUUCCUCUCUGCCACUGAGAAGAGAAGGGAUUGGACUGCUAGGUUGCCAAAAAAAAAAAAAAAAAAAGAAAAAACAAACCAAAACCACACCAAAAUAACAACACUGCCUCAUGGCAUCAAGGAUGCAGUAGUGUGAUGCUAGGAUAGAACCUGAUGUUCUUCUGUCUGUGCCUUGCU